AUGACUUUGCGACGGAAGUGCGAGUUAAAGAUGACAAAGAUGGAAGUUACAAGAUCAGCUAUUUUGCCAAAGAAACUGGACGAUAUUGAUCACCAGCUGAAUACUCCUCGUGGCUUAUCUGUAGAUAAUGAAGGCAAUAUUAUUGUUGCUGAUAUGUAUAACAAAUCAGUUAAGAUCUUUUCGAAAGGUGGCCAUUAUUUAAGCAAAUUGGGGCGUGAGGGUUAUUUUACCUUCCCCUUUCACUGUGUACAAUAUGACAAAUAUCUCAUAGUGUCAGACCACGAAGAACAUUAUAUCAAAGUGUUUGAUAGAAAUGGUAUCGUUUUUGUUCAAAUUUAGAAAAAUGGGGGAGGGGAAUAGCGAGUUCAAUUUCCCUAAGUGUUUUUCAGUUGACAAGGCAGGACACCGGAUAGUCUGUGAUGGAAAUCACAGAGUACAGGUAUUUGAGCUAAGUGGGAAGUUUGUGACAAAACUUGGAUCAAAAGGAAAUUGUGAAGGAGAAUUUAUUCUUCCUCUUUCAACUGCAGUGCUCAGCGAUGGUCGAAUAGUUGUCUCUGACUUUUUGAACCAUUGCAUUCAGAUAUUUGAGUAA